GUAAAAAUGGCACCUGCUCAUGAGCUGAAAACAACAGACAGGAGACCGGUUGGCUGUCAUCUACAAAGUCGGUGAGAAGAACCGUGGCUGCUGAUCUGGCAGCUUAACGCACAAACCGAGGAGGAGUACCUCGUCAAGCAGAGAGCAGGUGUGGACAGCUUGCUCUUUUCAUGACAGCUCCAAGGGAUCGGCCGAUCUGAAACAUGCGUCUGAUACGCCGGCGUCUCUCUCCUCUGAAGCUAGUCCUCCUCGGGGGAACUCUUUUUAUGGUGAUCCUGGUGGUUCUCCAGAGGGACGUUGGCUCCUCAAACUCCGGAGACCCCUGGCUACAAGACCUGGCCCACAAACGGGACGAGGUUAUGGUCAUGGUGCGGAAUGCUGUGAACAACAUAGGCUUCCAGAUCGGAGCUCCUCAGCCCCCGCCGGUGCAGGUGCAGCCCACGGAGGACGUUAAAUGCCCCUCCGGAUUUUACUCUCAGGCUGAGCUCAAACCUCACCUGGAGAGACCGCCGCAGGACCCUCAAAGCCCUGGGGCUGACGGGAGAGCGUUUGUGAAGGACAACAUGACACCUGAGGAGGAGAAGGAGAAGGAGGAGGGCAUGACACGGCAUUGCUUCAACCAGUUUGCCAGCGAUCGGAUCUCGCUCAGCCGCAAUCUCGGGGAUGACACAAGACCGCCGGAGUGUGUGGACAGGAAGUUUCUUCACUGCCCUCCUCUGCCCACCACCAGUGUCAUCAUUGUCUUCCACAACGAGGCCUGGUCCACGCUCCUCAGGACGGUCUACAGCGUCCUGCACACAUCUCCCGCCAUCAUGCUGAAGGAGAUCAUCUUGGUUGACGAUGCCAGCACUGCAGACCACCUGAAGAAGAAGCUGGAGUUGUUUGUGGAGCAGUUUAAGAUUGUCCGUGUUGUCAGGCAGCCAGAGAGGAAAGGCCUCAUAACAGCCAGGCUGCUGGGAGCCAGCAUUGCUACAGCUGAAGUGCUCACCUUCCUUGAUGCGCACUGUGAGUGUUUUCACGGUUGGUUGGAGCCUCUCCUGGCCCGGAUAGUUGAAGAACCCACCGCCGUAGUCAGCCCAGAGAUCACCACCAUUGACCUGAACUCCUUUCAGUUCAACAAACCCGUGGCCACCAACCGCGCUUACAACCGAGGGAACUUCGACUGGAGCCUGACGUUUGGCUGGGAGCCGAUACCCGAGGAGGCAAAGAGGCUGCGCAAGGAUGAGACCUACCCUGUAAAAACACCUACUUUUGCCGGAGGCCUUUUCUCAAUCUCAAAGAAGUACUUUGAGCACAUCGGAACAUAUGAUGACAAGAUGGAGAUCUGGGGCGGGGAAAAUGUGGAAAUGUCCUUCAGGGUGUGGCAGUGUGGGGGUCAGCUGGAGAUCAUUCCCUGCUCGGUGGUGGGUCACGUUUUCCGCACCAAAAGUCCGCACACCUUCCCCAAGGGCACUGAGGUCAUCACUCGCAACCAGGUGCGCCUGGCUGAAGUCUGGAUGGAUGAUUUUAAGAAGAUCUUCUAUCGGCGCAACCACAACGCUGCAGUGAUGGCCAGUGAGCAUAAAUAUGGAGACAUCUCUGAUCGCCUCAACCUGAGGAACAGGCUUCAGUGCAAGAACUUCACCUGGUAUCUGAACACCAUCUACCCAGAGAUCUUCAUUCCUGACCUAAAGCCUGAAAAAUUUGGAUCAAUCAGAAACUCUGGAUCUGGAACCUGCCUAGAUGUUGGCGAGAACAACCAGGGGGGUAAAGCUGUGAUCAUGUACCAGUGUCACAACAUGGGAGGAAACCAGUACUUUGAGUAUUCGUCCCACAAAGAGCUGCGUCACAACAUCGGGAAGCAGCUGUGUCUCCAUGCCAACGAUCAGUCAGAACCAGUGAAGAUUGAGCUGUGCCAGCUGAAGGGGAGGGGGACCAGUUUGUCACCUCAGCAGGAAUGGGUCUUUACAGAGGAAAGUCUUCUGAAGAAUCCAAGCAGUGGGAGGUGCUUACAGCUGAGAGGGGCUCAGGUUCAGAUGGACCACUGUAAUGCUGCAGAUCCCUUCCAGCAAUGGAGUUUCUCUUGACCCCCCAGUCUGCCCAUUAGGUGACCUCUGGUCCCCUCCCUGUUAUCAGACUCGGCAGCUUAGAGCUGAAGCAUUACAGAUCCAAAUGGACAUGCUGGAAAGCUUCGGGCAAGUGGUCAUACUGAUGACCAGGGAAAGAUGGAGGACAAUACAGAGAUGAUGAUUGGUUAAAA